AUGUCAUCAACAAAGAAUUGCACUUGUAAUACAAUAUUUCCUUGUGGUUGGGAUUCUGUGGUCUUUCCUCCGAAGAACCUGCGGAAAUGGUUCAACGAUGCAAGCCUAAGCAGUUCUACUGGAGAAUUCCCUUCCCAUUUCUGCAACUUGAAGAAUAGUUAUGCAGAAGUGAUUGUUCAUGAAGAAGGGAGUGAUGUCGGAAUUGAUUUGCUUUUGGUUGGUGGGUAUUCCUGGGUUUUGAGUUUUGGAAUGGGAAUGAAUUCAAAUAGCAGUGGCAAUUGUUUUUUUGAUACUAUUCUUGAUGAGAUGUCAUUGGGAGGUUCACAAUUGGAGCACACGACUGAAGAACAAACACCCAUCCAACACACCACUGAAGAACAAACACCCAUACAGGUCGAGCAAAGUGGGAAGCCAAAAAAAAAUCCACGGCUUGGGAACUUUUCCACCCAAGAAGAUCUAGCUCUAGUCUCAGCAUGGCUAAACACAUCCUUGGAUGCAAUUCAAGGGACGGACCAAAAAGGGACGACAUUCUGGAAAAGAGUUUCCUCAACAUACCAUAGUGCCAUAGGUUCAUCUUUUCCAUACCGCACUGAUCGCUCCUUAAUCAAUCGAUGGUCAAAUGUUCAAAGUUGUGUGAAUAAGUUCAUGGGAUUCCUAGCUCAAAUUGAGACAUCUCGUCCUUCCGGUGUAAACGAACAAGAUAAACAGAUUGAGAUGGCAAAAGUCAUGUAUCGUGACAUUCAGAAGACAACUUUUCAGUUUGAGCAUUGCUGGAACAUACUACGACACCAGCCCAAAUGGCUUUCACACAUUGAUGGGGGGAGUACCAAGCGACGUUCUAGUUUGACAAAUUCUCCAAAUACACCGGAGUCGAUAAACUUAAGUGAUGAAAUGCCUCCCUAUCAUCCCACUAUUGAUUUGGAAAGACCUAUUGGACAAAAGGCUGAGAAAGAGAAGCUUCGCAAAGGAAAAAACAAAGACAAAGAUGUGGGUUAUCUUGGUGAUGUUAUCUCUGAUUUGAAAACUGGAAAAUUAAAGAUGCAUGAACAAAAAAUGAAGAUGCAUGAAGAGAAAAUGAUUAUGGCAAAGAUAGAGAUAGAGAAGCAAGAUGAACAUGAGAGCAAGAGGAUUAAGUUAAAAGAGAUGAAAGAAGAAAGAGAGCACAAGAGGAUGAAGCUCCAAGAGAGGCAAGAAGAGAUGAACAUAAUGAUGAUGGAUUUGAGUAGCUUGAGUGAAGAUCAAGCUGAGUACAUAAAAAUUUUAAGGGCGGAAAUACUCGGUAAAAAGAAGAAUAUGUAG